AUGGCUGAUUCACUGCAUAGGGCAAUCGGUGCGAUGUCUUUGGAGGAGGAGGAACCUCUGGACCUUGGUGAUGACCCAAGCUUCAGGGUGUUUGGUGAAAACGAGAUGAGUCUGAUUGGGCGUCUCUUGAAUCCCGAGUGCCAGUCGAUGGCUAGGAUGAUAGACUACAUGCCCACUGCGUGGAGAGUGGUGGGGAGAAUUCGGGGUAUUGCGCUGUCAAGGGACCGGUUCCAGUUCAUUUUCCAGAGGGAGGAGGACUUGCAAACAGUGCUAAAGGAUCGACCUUGGUCCUACAAUCAUUGGACCUUGGCUUUGGAGAGAUGGACAGAACAUCCUGAUGAGGACUUUCUAAAGUCAAUGAUGUUAUGGGUUCGUAUCCGGAACAUCCCUGUCAAUUUCUUUAUGACAAAGACGAUGUUCAAGCUUGCUUCUGAAGUGGGAUUGGUGGAAGAGAUCGCUUAUGAUCCUGAGAUCUCCCAUACGAAAGAGUAUAUCAGGGCCUUCAUCAAAUUCAAUGUGGAAAAUCCUUUGAAAGCAUCACGGAAACUGACCAUUCCUGGUGAAGUAGUAACAAUUGAGUAUGAGUAUGAAAAGGUCCAUAAGAGAUGCUUCCACUGUCAGCGCAUGACACAUGAGAAAAUCCGAUGCCCACUGCUUAGAAGAGGUGCAAACAAGGGGCAUCAGUCGGAUCCCAAGCGAGUGGGGGGCCUUAGCAAUCAACUGUCCCAGGCUGCUACAUCUAGUGAUAAGUUGGAAAAGUGGGAGGGCCCUCCAGGUUUUCCUCCAAUGUUCCCGGAGCUCUCAAAGCAAGAUCAGAAGAUGGCAAUGCUAUACAUCUCUCACGCUGAUGAGACGGAGAGGAUGGCGAGAAUAGAAAGGGUGAAACAGGGCAUUGUGGAGAGUCAAGAAAAUUCUUCAGCUAUGAUCACGAAGAUUACGCGAGACCUCGAUAAGGGGAAAGGUCAUGUUUACUCUUUUCUGGAACCUGCAGAGAAACGCCACCAAGCAACACCUGUGCGCCUUGGAAGUUCAACAACUCAUUAUGAGACGUUGGAAAGUGACGCAGAAUCGGGCUCAUAA